AGCUGUGGAGGAGAUGACGGCCGUGUACAAAGACGACCAGGGUGACUGGAUGACCGUCUGCCUCAAGUACCUCCUCUUCGUCUUUAAUGUCCUCUUCUGGGUGGGCGGAGCGGCGGUGAUGGGUGUGGGCAUCUGGACCCUGAUAGACAAGAGUGAUUACCUGAGCCUGCUGGCCUCCAGCACCUUCGCCGUGUCCGCCUACAUCCUCAUCCUGGCCGGGGCCCUGGUCAUGGUCACGGGCUUCCUGGGCUGCUGCGCCGUCAUCAGGGAGCAGAGGAGCUGCCUGUCCACGCUUUGUUUUUCCUCACCUCCACGCGUCACAUCAGCGCCAGGCUGGGAAUGAGCAUCUGUCUCCCGGUGAUGGCCUUGAGCGCCACGCUGCACGCCAAACGCUUUGUGUC